AAAACAUGUUUAUUUAGUGAUCACUGAUCAGAGGAGCGAUAUGUCCUCGAAGUAUGGCAAUAGAAGCAUUUAUGGCCAAUAGAAGCAUUUAUCUACUGAUAGAUCUUUAGUGUGAAGCGGUGACUUAUCAGAGGUUCUAGAACGGCUACAGUGACCUAUAAAUAUAUACCUAAGCGUAAAGUGCGCCGACAAAUCAGAGUGUCAGAGUGCCGAUCUCUGUUGUUUGUAACUCUCUUCUAUUCUGUCUCUAUUGUUUCCUAUUUAUACUGCAUGCUCGCGUACACAAUGUCACCCGCAACAGAAAGUGGCCAGGUACACACCAUGGAUGAAAAUACUGAACAUACGACAACAACUGCAACGGCCACAAGUACUAACAUACGUAUAAGCCUACCCACAGAAGACAGUACACUAGGCACGGAAGCUACACACACACACACACAAACACAAACACCACCACCAGCUGGAUUGCAAGUGGCCAUACGCAUACGCCCUCAGAGUGAGAGAGAAUUAGUGGAAGAGGCAGACAUAUGUGUACAGCAGAUGCCGGGCGAUGCGAACCAGAUAGUCUUGGGACGAGAUAAGUCGUACUCGUUCGAUCAGGUGUACCCCCCAGAGUUGGACCAGAAGUCGGUGUACAACGGCUGCGUGAAGGGCAUCGUCGAUAAGUGUGUGCAGGGGUACAAUACCACUAUCCUUGCCUACGGACAAACCGGGACAGGCAAAACGUAUACUAUGGGUUCUGGAAGUGACACACUGAGCAGCGGAGUUCCGCUGGAUCAACAAGGUAUCAUCCCUCGUACUGUGCGUGAUAUCUACGCACAGCUAGAGUCCAGUACUACAGCUGAGGAUAGAGAAGGUGCAGAUGAUGGACAGAAUAGCCCCAACAAAGAUGGUACGCGGCAGGAGGGCGGAGAUACGGGCAAGAACAGGAAUAGUGAAUCUUACGCUGUGAGUGUUUCGUUCAUUGAGCUCUACAACGAUACCAUUGUCGAUCUGCUGCAUCCGUCCGCGGACCUGGAUUCGACCAACAACUUGACACCAAAUCAGGUCAGCAUAGUGGAGGAUAGAAAGUCAGGAGAGACGUAUCUGAAGGGGGUGACUAAAGUACCGAGUAAGGACGCUGAUGAAGUCUUCGCUCACUUGCGACGAGGGUCUGAUGCGCGUACCACCGCGUCGACUAAUAUGAAUGCGACAUCGUCCAGGAGUCACGCGAUCCUCACCAUCCACCUCACACGUACCUCUAGUCUAGGCGUCACCACAACGUCCAAGUUCAACUUUGUCGAUCUCGCGGGCAGUGAGCGGCUGAAACGGACCAACGCCACGGGAGACAGGGCGAAAGAGGGCAUCUCUAUCAACAGUGGACUACUCGCUUUGGGUAACGUGAUAUCGGCCCUGGGCGACCUACAGACCAAACGUGAGAGACGGAGGGAGUCCCCUGCGCCUACUCCCGGUGCCAGUCCUAAGCAUAGCCGGGGAGUGAGUAGACACACAAGUAUGAGCUCGGGUCGGCGUGGUCUGGGGCCCACACCGCCGCUCAAGAACAAGAGCGUGACGUCUCCCGCACUGUCUGUAUCGCAGAAGGAUUCGAAUAGUUUCAUACCGUAUCGAUCCUCCAAGCUAACGCGUUUGCUCAAGGACUCCCUGGGUGGAAACUCCCUGACGCUUAUGAUUGCGUGCAUUUCGCCCAGCGACGGGGACUUCAUGGAGACCAGGAAUACAGUCAACUACGCAAACCGAGCGAAGAAAAUAAAGAACAAACCUGUUGUACUGUCGCAGUUGGCGGGGGGUGCGGGCAUAGUGAACGCGGAGUUGGUAGCCGAGGUGACGGCUCUCAAAAGCCAGUUACACAAGUUGCAAGUGGAGAAUCUGGCGCAGAAGGAGAUGAUCAAGACGUCGAUUAGAGAGCGAGAGCUGGAAAGUGCGCGGGAGCAGAUCCGCAGGAAGACUGGAGGGGCUAGUGCCUGCAGGAAGUGUGAGGCAGACAUACAGGCGGGUGGUCAAACUGCGAACACGGACGGAGAAAGAGGGGUAGACAGGGGGGGUGGUACUGUUGAAGGGGGUGGAAGCCCGGUAGGUAAAGCCAAUGAGUCGGAUGGUGAGUCGAUACACGACCAGUUAGCGCAACUGACAGACGAGGAGAUCCGAGCAGAGCAGACGAUCGCUGUGCUGAAGAGCGUAGUUGCGGAUAGAGAUAGAGACAUUUAUCAGCUGCUGUGUCAUGUGAGUCAAAUGAGUGCGGGUGAUAACAUCAGCUUGGAAGGUGUCCCGAGAGUCAACUCGAGCGUAUCGCUCAACCUGUACCGAAUGAGGAGUACAAGUACAUCUGCGUCCCAAGCAUCAACAUUCCGGAGAGGUAGUGAAAUCUCCAUCGGUGGAAGCUUCGGUAGCCUGGGCGCAAGUUUGCAUUCGAGGAUUGCUGAGUCUGAAGCCCAUGCCUCAGGGUUAAGGGCGAGGCCGAUCAAAUCAUUCGACACAGACAGAGAACCACGGGGAAUAGGUGCAGCCAAGAGCACAGCUGCCAAUACAGACGAUGGCAAGAGUAGUGAAGGAGGAAAUGGUGAUAGUGUAGACGACUUGUUGGACAAAUACAAGCAUUUGGCAGAAGGGCCUGAUCCGGAAGUGUUGCAGAUACAACAACAACACGUGGAGGAGAUUAUAGCUACCGAGACGUUCGAAGGACAGAAAUUUAAAACUUACAACAAAUUAGUGCACAGGAGAACGAGGAAGGUGGCUGAGAAGAAAGAGGUGGAAGCACAACUAAAGAAACUAAUUUUGAGUUACAGUCUGGAUGGGGUUCACAAUGGAGAAGCCCUGGAUGCCGAUACAAAAGAGAUGGUACAUAACGGCCCACAGAACAGGUCCAAACGGUCUCCGUCAGUACAUGACAACGAUGCACUGCAGGAGCAGAUAGAAAUGGUCUCCAUUUUAAUUGAGGAUUUGGAUCUGGAGGUGGAUACAUUGAAUACAGAGAUGAGGAGGAUGGAGCAUGAAUUGGCCGAAAUGGACAAUCCAGAGCACAUUCUGGAAGAUUUUGUAAGGACUCUCGAUUACUCGGAGAUGCUCGCGAUGAUACCGUAUUUGGUCAAGCAGACGGCCGAGACCAAGAGAGAGUUACUCACCACAAUGGAAGGAUGA